AAGGACAAUAGAUCUCAAAAAGCGCAAUUGACGCAACGAAGCUGCGUCCUGAAUAGGAGGGCGGUGGUUUGACUAACGGUACUACUGUCUUUAUCAGAGACUACAGGUGUUGUGUGUACGGUGAUGCUGCGCGACAGUAUGAGGCCAAGCGGAGCUCUAGCGACGGCGAUGCUGCUGGUACUGAUCCAGCUCCUCUGUAUCAAACCAGUUCAUGCCGAGGAAUCAGGGACGGUCAUUCCCGCUGAGAGCCGGCCAUGUGUUGAUUGUCAUGCCUUCGAGUUCAUGCAGAGAGCCUUGCAAGACCUGAAGAAAACAGCUUUCAACUUAGAUUCACGGACGGAGAGUUUGGUGCUGAAGGCCGAGAGGAGGGCACUGUGUGACUGCAUGCCUGCCAGCAGCCUGCGCUAAAAAACAGCUGUAAACACUGCACUAAAGGAUACUACCUGCUCUCUCAGUCAUACACACUCUUUUACUCUCUCUCAAACAUGUUUCCUGUCACGUGUUACAUGAAACGAUUUAUCUUUCAUUGUAAUAUGUGCAUAGAGCAUCAUAAAUACACAUUCCUGACUAAAGAAGUCACAACACAACAUUCCACAGUUUAAAUGUCAAUGAUGAGAGGCACAUACAUAUUAGGGCAGCAGCUAACGCAUUGAACUUUCCAUAAGUGUGUAUGAAGACAAGGGUAAAUGUUUCCUCUCCACGCACAAUGCACUGCAAAAUAUACUGCAAACCUUAAACACAUUAUUUAUCAUAAUUAUUUGCACAGUACACAGUUUCUUUUUUUUUUUCAAAUGUUUAACUGCUUUUAUAUUUGUGUUCUAGAAAUAUAGGAUUAACAGUCACAAUAGUCAAGCAGAUUUGAAUUUAGAUUUAUUAAAUAUCAGAAUUUAAAUGUAGAUCUUCAGGCGUUGUCUUAGAGAGUUUGCUGUAAGAUUAUUAGAUGAUAGAUAUAUGACUAGAAAAGAAACCUGCAUGUAAAGUGCUUGUCUAGAAUUUUAUAUGAGAUUUAUGAAGGAGGAACAAGAAGGGAUGGUUUCCUGUAGAGAUUACUUUGGUACUAAGGUGUAAGUUCACAGCUGUAACAAUGUCUUUUUGUGUGUAGAGAAAGUGCAUUAAAACAUAUGUGAUGUUGUA